GUGGUGAACAUUGAGCACAGUGUUUCCCCACUGCUUCUCUCCUUUUCAGACAAGCAAAAUUGUUCUGUGAUGCCGGAGAUGUGAACCCCUUGCUGCAUUCCCUCUUCUUUUUUAGAAAACUCCAGGGCCUGAAUUCCCAGCUGCAGAUAUCUGCAAGUUGUCACUACACGGGGAUGGAAUCCGGAGAAGGAGAUGAGCAGUAGAAGGGAAGAAAGAGUGAAGUUGGUUAUUUUUCUGGCACAUGGAUGUAAUUACACUCAGUGCAUUCCAGAGGCGUUCCUUUGAAUCCUGUGCAGGUCUGCCUGCUGUUCCUGGGAGAAAGGAAGAAAAAGGAAGGAAAAGUCCCUCUUGCUUGAAGACGGAAUGUCUGCACUUUCAGUUCUCUUUUUAGCUUCCUGUUCUGUUUGGCUGUCCAAGGCUCAGACUGAAUUUAAGAGGGUUGCUGAGGAGAACGUGACCCUGCCCUGUCACCACCGCCUGGGGCUCCUGGAGCAGGGCAGCCUGGACAUUGAGUGGCUGCUGCACAGCUCAGAAACGGUGCAAAAAGCGGUGAUCACUUACUCUGGAGGCCGUGUUUAUGAUGACCUGAACGAGGAGCAGAAAGGACGUGUUUCCUUCACCUCCAACUUCCUUGCUGGAGAUGCCUCCUUACAGAUCAUAUCCCUGCAGUCCAGUGAUGCAGGGAAGUACAUAUGUAAGGUUAAAAAUGCUGGGCAGUAUGAAUGGGCUCACAUCACCCUGAAGGUUGUAGAAAAACCUUCCAAGCCCAAAUGCUGGCUAGAAGGGGAGCUGCUGGAAGGAAAGGAACUGUCCUUGCAGUGUCACUCUGCCUCGGGCACCGCACCCAUCUCCUACCGAUGGCACCGUAUAAAUGAGGCUGAGAGAGCUGAGCACCUGCCCCCGACAUCCAGAGUCAACAUUUCUAACCCUGGACAAGUCCUGCUGAAGAACCUUACCCAGAUGAGCACAGGGUUGUACCAGUGCAUUGCCACCAACGAGGCAGGGACAGAAAGCUGUGUUGUUCAGGUGACAGUACAACAUGCCCAAAAUAUUGGCAUGAUUGCUGGGGCAGUUUGUGGUGUGGUGGUGGGACUUUCCCUCCUUUUCCUGGUGGUGAGACUGACAAUAAGGAGGAAAGAAAAGAAAAGAUAUGAGGAAGAGGAGACGCCAAAUGAAAUCAGAGAAGAUGCAGAGGCACCCAAGGCUCACCUUGUCAAGCCCAGUUCCUCCUCCUCUGGCUCCAGGAGCUCACGUUCAGGUUCCUCCUCAACCAGGUCAACAGCCAACAGUGCCUCCCGCAGCCAGCGGACUUUGUCAACCGAAGCCACCCCCCAUCUGACCCCUCCCCAGUACAGCCAGAGGGGGACAGGAGGGAAAGAAAUGGAGCCAAAGAAAGUUGACUACAACAACCUGAUGAAAAUGGGAGCAACCUUGGUCAUGGUGCCUGCCCAAAGCAGGGCAUUCCAGACCGUCUGACCUGCUGCUCACCACUCGCCUGGAGAUUUUCUGCUGUCCAGAAGCACUUCACAAACCACCGGCCACGUAGGAAUUGUUAGAUUAGUUAUCUUCCUGGUCAGCUUAAUUUAAUCACUUGUGAUUGAUUAUUCACACUACAAGAAGCCCUCCUACUCACCUCUUUCUUACAUCUUCCAGCACUGAGGUUCUGAUAAAGAAUUAUUUUUUUUUUCCUGAAGAAAGGUAUGUUUGAGGGGAAAAAGGAGCCUUCUUUUUAAAUUAUCUUUUUUUUUUUUUGGAAAUGGAACACUGAGCAUUUUUAAAUUACAGUAGGUAGGUGCUGUACUAAUGAAAUGAAGCCAAACCUCAGGAUUUUUAAAAAGGGAUCAACAUGAGACAUAAGGAUGAAUAAUAAUCCAGAAAGGUUUUCUGGAGAGGAGAAAAGUCUCUGGUACUCUUUUUGGAGAACUUUCUCAAAGGUGCAUUGUCUUUUCUGCAGAUUUUGAGGCAGACUCACUGCUGAGGGUAAUCUGGUGUUCAGCCUCAAAGGGAACUGACACUUGCUCCAUGUUUCCUACUUUCAGUCUUGUAGUGAAAUACUUUUGGAAGCUGUAACUACAGUGGAAAUGAAAGGAUCACUCAAAAAGGUCAAGAGAUGCAGUAUUAAGGCAUGUGCCUGAAGUAACCUCCAUACCAGAGAAAGGACCUUUUAUGUCAAGGAAACAGGUGCUUUACUUGCCAGAAUAAACUUCAUGGUACACCCAGAGAAAUAUGGUCAUGAGCCUGACUCUGCUGUUGGGGUCAGCACUGCAAAGCUGCAGUAACUCCACUGGAGUGGUACCUGUGGCAAAUGAGCCUUAGUGUGAUGAGAACUGGGCCCUGAAUCCAGGGUGAAGGCAUUGCCUCCAAAAGUGAGGGCUGAUAAUCCAUCAAAAAUCCUGGACAAAGCAUUUGGAAGAUAUCUUUGCAGUCAUCAGGUUGGGAAUUCACCAAAGGGGUGAGCCAUGCUUUAGAAGCCUUACAGAGAGCUCAACAAAGAGUAUUCUGGAGCUAAACUUCAGACAUCCAGGUAAAAAUAAAGAUAAAGAGAGCAUCUAGUGAGGAAAAUACACCAGGGAGAAGAUAACCAGCACAGGGUUGCUUCCAUUGGAAAAUAUUCCUGUGCAUUGUCCCAUUUAUACACAAAAUGCUGGGACAUGUUGAGGCUUUUAAACCUUAGCACAAGUCUUUAAAAGUGGCAAGAAUCAUGUUUUCUGUGAUAAAUAAGCCAGAAUAAAUCAUCCCAAAGCAUAUGAAGCCUGCAAGUUGAAGGCCAAUAGGAAAUGAGGAGAGACAGGGACAGGCUUCUUCUGGAAGCAGAUCUGUCAUUUGUAUUUUCCUCUGAAGGACUUGGCUCUGACCACUGCUACACACAAGACACUGAGCUUGU